AUGUCUACUCUCGAAGUCAUCGCUCUACCUCAUUUGCCGCAGUACCCUCUCUGCGUCGGUCUGUGGAAAAAUGUGAAAAAUGCUUCCUUCCUUCGCCAGCAGCUUUUGGCUGGCAACGCCGAUUUUGAAUAUGCUUUCCUUGAUGCCUCUGUUGUCCUUUCUCGCAUGCAAUUUCUCGCUGCAUCUUUCCGCGGUAUCAACGACUUUGCCAGCAACCGCAUGAAGAGUCACAACGUCCAUUCAGAAAUUGUUUUUUCUUUUUCACCAAACAACAACAUUGCCGAAUCAUUCCGCCGCUUUGGUAUCUCAGACUCAACCCAACAUGUUUUGGCCAUCAAGGUCUGCUCUACCCCGGACAUCACCGCAGAAUCUGUCAGCCAGCAUCUCCAGCAGAACAUCGAGGGCGAGCAAGUCGAGGUUUCAGACGCCGCUUUGGCCGAAGUAGCUGAUCAAGCAAGACUUCGCAAGAUCUACAAGCUCAAUGUUCAAGCAAAGAAGGGCGCCGCCAAUGGAGCCGCUUCAACCACGUCUGAGAUCAAGGAACUCGAGACUUCCAUUCUUGGUGUUAUGGCUCUCAAAGGAUCAUGA